AUGCGACCCCCGUUUCCCUGUGUGUCCCUGAUCCCCCAUGCUCCGCCUCUUCCUCCUGUGCCCUUUUCCCCCCUCAUUCACCCCUGUGCCCUUUUCCCCCCUCAUUCACCCCUGUGCCCUUUGGACCUCCCCGUGCCUUCCCUCUUUCUCACCUGUGUGUGCCCCUUUCCCCCCGUGAUGCUUUUUUUCCCCUGUGCCCCUUUCCACCCAUACCUCCCCCUUUUCCCCUCUGGGCCCCUGUCCCCCUAUCGCUCCCCCGCGCGCCACGCCCCACGAGCGCAGAUGUCGGAGGAGCUUAUCUGGGAGCUCUUCGUGCAGGCGGGGCCCGUCGUGAACGUGUAUGUGCCCAAGGACCGAGUGACGGGGCAGCACCAGGGGUACGGCUUUGUGGAGUUCCGCUCAGAAGAGGACGCCGACUAUGCAGUGAAGGUGCUGAACAUGGUGAAGGUGUUUGGCCGCCCCAUGCGCGUCAACAAGGCCAGCCAGGACCGCCGCACUGUGGACGUCGGUGCCAACCUCUUCAUUGGCAACCUGGACCCUGACGUGGAUGAGAAGGUGCUAUACGACACCUUCAGUGCCUUCGGUGUCAUCGUCACCAACCCCAAGAUCAUGAGGGAUACGGAGAGUGGCAACUCCAAGGGCUUCGGAUUCAUAAGCUACGAUUCAUUCGAGGCGUCUGAUGCUGCCAUUGAGGCAAUGAACGGGCAGUACCUGUGCAAUCGGGCCAUCUCGGUGUCGUAUGCCUUCAAGAAGGACACCAAGGGGGAGCGACACGGCACCCCUGCAGAGCGACUGCUGGCAGCCAACAACCCGUCCACCACGCGCCAUCGCCCCCACACCAUGUUCGCUGCAGCUCCCCCCUCCGCCCCCCCUCCUCCCCCCCCCUCUCGCCCACCUCCACCUUCCAUCCCCCCUGCUGCCGCCCCUCCCCCUCCUCGCCCUUACACCUCUCCUGCUCCCCCUGCGCCCCCGCCUGCACCUUCCCCUUACCGCCCCCCUCCUCCCCCAUCCUAUGGCGGUGCGGGCGCGUCCCCUGCUCCCCCUUACUACCCCCCUCCCCAGAUGCGCCCUCCACCUCCAUCUCAACAGUAUCCCCCCCACCAGAUGCCACCUCCUCCCCCACAGCAUUGGCAGCAGAACCAGCCCCCGCCCCCUCCACAGCACUAUGCUCCCCCGCCUCGCAUGCCCCCUCCUCCCCAUGGCGGGGCACCAGGGGGGGGCUAUGGUCCCCCGCCCCCCCAUGGGGGAGCACCAGGAAGGGGAUAUCCCCCCCCUCCCCACCACGGCGGAGCACCAGGGGGAGGAUAUCCGCCCCCUCCCCCUCAAGGCGGAGCACCAGGGGGAGGCUACCCUCCCCCUCCGCGCUACCCCACUCCUGGCGGCCCUCCCCCCUCCUAUCCCCCACCUGGCCAGGGUUACGCCAUGCCGCCUCCUCCCCCUCAGCCCCACCAAGGGGGGUGGCGGCCGGGGCAGCCCCUCCCUCCCCCGGCGCCUGGUGCAGGGGGGGCAGGUGGGGGUGGGCCAGGGCCCAACUCGUACGACCGCGCAAGCCUUGACCACUUCCGCACACGCGGCGGCCGCUUCUGCCCCAAGACGGGCGCGUUGCUCGCGGACUGCGCGCUCAUUCCCAACGACGCGCUCCACCAGCUCAUCGCCGCCUGGUGCCUCUCUCACGCCACGCGCGUCCCUUCCCCUCCUUCUCCCCCUCCUCCGCUUAUCUCCGCGUCGCCCCUCGGCCCCUCUCCCGCCGUCCUCCCCGCGCGCUCAGCGCCAGCCGCCAUCAACGGGCUCGCCUCUCCCCCUGGCUGCGCGCCCUCCUCGCCGCUGCGCGCGCCCCUAUCUCCGCUGCAGCGCCGUUAUUCCUUCCAACCAAGCCGCAGCGCCUCCGCGUGCAGGGGGCACGGGGACGAACAGCCGGCGUCAGACGCGGCGAGCUUGGCGAUUCCACGGCACGUGAUGGGCGCGGGCAGCAGCGGCAGGUCGCUGUGUCGCACCAUCUCGCCGCUCUCCGAGACCGCGUCGCUCGACUGGGCCGCCGCCAGCAGCGCCGCUAGCAGCCCCUCCUCGCCCCUCCGCGCCCUCCGCCACCGCCACAACCACCAGCUCGCCGCCACGUCACAGGACGACGCAAAUGACGUGGCGCUGAGCUCGUACCUCUCCUCCAACGCAUCGUUCUCCCGCCUGCAGCAGUCGAAUCCCAACUCGCCACGUGGCAGUCGCCGCCGCAGCAAGGACACGCCAGUGCGAGAGAUGCGGCCAUUCGUGGAUGCACUGCAGGAUGCUGACGUGGCAGUGAGGCGGGUCGCCGCGGAGGCCAUCCACGUGGCAGUGAAGCAGGCGGAGGAGAACCGCACGCGGGUGGUGCAGGCGGGUGGCGUGGCGCCGCUGCUGGCUGCGGUGCAGUGCGAGGAUGAGGGCACGGCACAGCGGGCAUGUGCUGCCCUGCUGUACGUGUCACUGGCACGCGAGGGGGCGAGGGAGGUGGUGGCGCGUGGAGGUAUUCCCGUUCUCGUAGACGUGCUGCGACCAGCAGGAGAAGCGGGCACGCAGGGAGAGGCGGCUGAAGCCACCAAGGCGAACGCAGCUGCGGCGCUGUUCACUGUGUCGUCCACCAAGGAGGAGCGCAAGCGCCUUGUGUGCUCUGCCGGUGCUGUGCCGCACCUCGUGCACCUCGUGCAGACGGCACACACGCCCCGCGCGCUCAAGGACGCUUGCCUGGCUCUGUACGGGCUGGUGGGCUUGCGGCAGGCGGCGGAGCAGGCAGUGGCGCUGGGAGUGGUGGCGCUGGUGGUGGGGCUGCUGGAGAGGCACGGCGAGGGCGUGGAGGAGAAGGCAGCAUCGCUGCUGGCCGUGCUGGCUCGCUGCGAGGUGGGUGUGGCAGCCAUUGCGGACGAUGAGGAUGCGGUGUGUGCGCUGGUGGAUGUGAUGGAAGGCAGCUCGCAGCAUGCUGCUGACAAGGCAGCGUGCACUCUGCUGGCCAUGGCACGGCAUGGCGGGGAUGCCAUGGCUCGGAGAAUAAUGUUUGGCACAGCAGGCGAUCCCGGCGCGCAUGUCGCUGCUCGAUCAUGCCGCCUUUCCAGCGAGUCGUUGCCCUCUGCGCGGAGCCAGGUAACGCCGCCAGCGAUGCCCAACACGCAGUACCGCUUGAGGCACCCGACGCGGUACGGCAAGCAGCCGGCGGUGCCGGCGGAGUUCGUGUGUCCGCUGUCGCUGCAGCUGCUCACCGACCCGGUCAUCACGGCGUCGGGCCUCACCUUCGAACGCGCCGUCAUCCAGAAAUGGUACCGCGACGGCAACCGCAUAUGCCCCGUCACCGGAUCGCGACUAGACCACUACCGGUUGUUUCCGAACCAGGCGGUUCGGCAGCUUAUCGCGCAGUGGUGCGACGCGAACGCCGUGCCGUACGCGCCGGGCGUACUGUGCGUGCGUGUGGACCCGCAGGGGCAGCAGGGGACGGGUAGCUUUAGGGAGCGCUCGUCCCAGUCGCGCCACGGCGGGCCCUCCUCCAAUCUCUCUCAGCGCCCCUUCACUCCCCCCGGCACUCCGCCCAAAAGCCCGCGCUCUGCAGCCCCUUUUUCCACGCUUCCCGGCGCCUUUCAGCGCCCGCGGACUCCCCCAUCGGGGGCGGACGACCGACCGUUCUCCCCUGCUGGCGGGGAAAGUGUUCCGCGCAACCACCCUUCCGCGUCCCUUUCCGUUUCAAGAUCGGUGUCGAGCGGGGGAUCCGUGCAGCGCAUCGCGUCGGGAAAUGGCACACAGGCGGUGCGGGGAUCCCCCGCUGGCGCAAUGGUGCCGCGCACAGCCUCAGGGGGAGGGGCGGUGUUGCGAGUGGUGUUAGGUGGUGGGGUGCCGCGAGUUUCCUCCGCCGACAGUCCCCGAGCGCGCAUUUCCUCCGCGGAGCGAAUAGGCUCCAGUCCCCUGUCUGGGGACGAGUUGGGGGGAGCAGGCGCGCGGAGACCAGCAGGCGCGCCCCCCAACGGCGCAGGGCCUCCGCAGCGGCGGCAGGCGGCGGGGCCGAGACAUAGGGGGAGCCAGUCGCAGGUGCUGCGGGUGCUGGGGCAGGACGGCGGGGGGGAUAGCAGCUCCUCGGGUCUUGCGCGCUCGCACUCGCUGCAACCCAAGGCGGACGAUAUCGAAUCGCUCCUUAACGCGUUAGAGGACGACGAAUCGGACGGCUACGAGUCGGGCCAGUCCGACGCGCUCUGGCGCGCCAACGAGCCGCUCCCCGUGCCCCGCGUCGCCAGCCUCGGGGGUAGGGGGGCUGCGCGGGGGGCCGGCGCGGGGAGAGGGGGGACAGGAGCGGGCAGGGGAGGGCGGGGAGGGAGAGGGGCGAUGGCGGAUGGUGUAGGGCGGUCGGACAGCUUAGAGCGCGGCAUGAUGCGCGCGAAGCAGCAGGGCCACGCAGGUGCGCACGCGGACGGGUCGCUCCGGCUGCUCAACGGCCGCAACGGCAUUCCCUCGGGAAAACGACCCGCUCAGGGGGGUAGCGGCGACGGGGGGAACGCGGAGAGCGGGUUGCGGCGCACGUCGUCGCUGCAGUCGCAGGGGCUGCUGUCGGCGAGUCUGGGCAGUCUGGGCCUCGACGCCACGCGCGACUCCUUCCGCGGCGCCGUCGAGGACCUCGUGCCGCGCAGAUCAGCCGGCGCGGGGGCGCGUGGGGAGGUGGCGCAGUCGCGGUUCGCGGGGGAGAGUGGCGGGGAGUCGUCGUCGGAGAGGGAGGCGCGGAGGGGCGCGCCUGGCCGGCCGGGGGGCGGCAUUCCGCCCGGCGCGCGGCUGCUGGCGGCGGGCCGCGCGAGCCAGUCGUUCCGCGACCGCGCGAGCAGCGACGGCAGCGACAGCGAGCUCAAGGCGGCGCUGCUCGGCGCCAUCCGCAGCUCCAGCGCCGGCAGCCCCGCCGACGCGCCCAUGGCGGGUGGCGGGGGAGUCACGGGGGCAGGGGGGGGGGGGGCGGGGGAGGCGGUGCAGGGGGUGCGGUGGCGAGCGGGCGGGCGAACGCGCUGCGCAACAUGGGCGCGGCGGGCAUGCGGUCGGCGUCGUUCCGCAUGGGGCGAGAGCUCACCAUCGACGUCAGCAGAGGCGCUGCUGCCACGGCGGGCGCUGGAGGUGGGGGCGCGGGAGGGGGGGCCGCGGGAGGGGGGGGGGCCGAGGCUGACGGCGUCUGGCAGCCUGCGCAGCCCCGUGGGGUCGUCGUCCAUGCGCGUGUCGCGCGACGGCGCCAUGGGCGCCAGGGCCGCCGCCAUUGACGCCGCCCUGCGCGCUGCGGCGCUGCCGCGCAGCCCUGCUGGGCGCUCCUCGUCGUCACUUCCGCCCAUCCGCGACAGCAGCAACAGCGGCGCAGCAUCAGGGGAGUUGGGAUGGGGCGCGCCUGGGGUUCCGCGCAGUCCAGGACGAGCAGCGCCCGCGGGUGCCAGGGAGGCGCCCAUUCCGCGCGUGGGUAGCCGGGAGGCCGCCAUGCACCACAGUGGUCCGCCUUUGGGGGACAGCCCCGCCAACGGCCACACUGCUCCCCCCUCCUCUGCGCGCCACCCCCCUCCGCCACUCGCCCUGCGCCGCGACCUCUCCAUGGACACGUGGGCGCUCGCCUCGCAUCUCCCCGCCUCCGCCCCCCCCACCUCCGCGCCCCCCGCCGUCGCGCCACUCUCCCCCAUCCACUCGUCCGGGCCCCUCUCCCCCAUACACGCAUCCGGCCCGCCCUCCCCCCGCCUCUCCUCCACACCCCUCUCCCCGCGCGCCUCCACGGGUCCGCGCAGCCCCGUGGGCGCGGGCGCGAGGGGCUUGGGGGGCCCGGGGGGCCCGCCGCGGUGGCGGCGGGACAGCAGCGUGGAGAGCAGCGGAGAUGCGGGCAGCGGCAGCGAGGGGCGCGAGCAGGGAGCGGGCAUGGGGGGCGGGGGCGCGGGGGGAAGGAGUCCGCCAAUGCUGCAGCGCAGCCUGGGGCGGCGAGUGGCGGAGGAGGGCGCCCUGCUGCGCUCAGGGUCCAUUCAGAGCGUGCAAUCUGUGGGGCAUGCGGGCGGGGGGGGGCACAGGCACGCGCAGGGGCAGGGACAGGGGCAGGGGCAUGAGGGCAUGGGCGCCAGUGACACAGACGACCCGUUCCUCUCCGCCCUCUCCAGCGUGCGCCGCGAGCAGCAGUUGUGGGGCGAGGGCGGGAUGAGCGGGGGGGAGGAGGGGGGCGCGGCAAGGGGGAGGGGCCAGCAGAGGGGGGCGUCGAGCUUGGCGCAGUCAGAGGGGGAGGGGCGCGGGGGAAGCGACUGGGAGAGCGACGGGUCGUCCAUGCUCCACAGGAGGGCAGCAGGGGCAGCGGCGGGAGGGUCGCGGCUAGGUAACAGAGAGGCAGGGGGAGGAGCAGGGGCAGGCACGAGUUCAGGGCGCAACCUGGGAGGGGCGGCGCAGGGGAGGCGGCAGCUGCAGCGGGGGUCGUCACAGACGGACAAUCGGGGGCUGGGCCGGGCAGCACACAGGGCGCUGCACACCACCGCGCUCGACCCCACUGGACCGCCCUCAGGCAUGAACCCGCCGGGCGGCGCACAGGGGCUGCGGCGCGCGUCCUCAUUGGCUGUGGUGGGCGGCAGCGGGCGGCAGCAGGGAAUGGAGGGCAUGGAGGGGAUGGACGGUUCAGAGGGGUUCCACGAGGUGGUGCGAGAGAUGAAGGCAGAGGGGGGGCGCGUGGGCGGAGGGGUGCGGCGAGGGGAAGCAGCAGGGGCGGAGCUGUCAGCGUCGCACCGCAGAGUGGCGUCGCUGGCAGUGCAGAGCCGCAGCAGCAGCAGCAGCAGCAUCGCCCUGGGAGGGGGGGGUGCCAUGGGCAGCUCAGGCGAGGGCCGUGCCGUGUCCCGCCGCCUCAGCGGUGGCAGUGGUGGCGGGCUGUCGUCCCGCCGCUCCGACUACUCCCUGCCUCCUGAUGCGUCCGCUCUGCUGGAUGAGCUCGAUGGGUCGGAUGGCAGUGAGGGGGAUGUGGGGGACAUGGGGGGCAUGGGGGGCAUGGGGGACCGGCGGGUGCAUGGGCAUGGGGGGUACGAGGCCAUGCAGGGGAAUGGUGGCAGUGGGCACAUGCAGCCGCAUCAACUGCAGCAGCAUGCGCAGCAGCAGCAGCAGCAGCAGCAGGGGCAUGGACAUGGGCAUGGGCAUGAGGAGGAGGCACCACAGCCACGGGUGGGCAGGGUGGGCGGCACCUUUGCCUGGCUGCGAGAGGCCCUCCGCAGCCCCCUCAAGAGCCCCAAACCCGCUGCCCCCGCCCCCCACUCCGCCCAGUCCAUCCCGCUGAGUCCCCGUUCCGCCCAACCCCCCCUGCCCGCGUGGGGCGCGGGGGUGCGCCCGUCCACGCCCCCCCAGGGCGCGGCAUACGGCAAGAGCGCCAGUGCUGAGACGUCUCAAAAGGCGUACGGCAAGAGCGCCACUGUGCCCGCACCUGAGCGCCGCAGCCUGUGGGGGGAGGCCAGGCGCGCUGUGGGGCUGGGGGAGGGCGGGGGGGGCGACGGGGGGAAGGCGGAGGAGGCGUUUCGGCGGUCGUCGUCAGAGCAUGGGGGGCAGGACGCGGUGGCCGCCAUGCAGUGGGCGCAGGGGGAGCGGGGGGAGGAGGCUGAGGGGAGGGGGGACGGGGGGCGCAGUGGAGGGGGUGGGAGGGGCGGGAAGGGGCCGCAGGGAAGGGGGAUGGCGGUGGGGGGGAGGGAGCUGGGCGAGGGGAGGACUGGGAGUCAGGGCAGCAGUGGGCAUGAGGGGAUGAGGGAUGGGGGAAGGGGAGCAGGUGGACGGGGGUUGGGGGGAGGGGCAGGCAGAGGAGGGGGGCGAGGCGGGGAGGGGGGUGCAGAGGGGGGAGGAGGGGGUGGGCGGGGGCAGGGAUGGGCCAAGGUGCAUGCCGUGUUCCCCCUGCAUGGGGAGGGCGUUGGGCGGGGGGCAGGGGGGAGAGGGCCGGGCAGAGGAAUGGGCGACGGGGGAAGGGGAGGAGGGGGGAGAGGAGACGGGGGAAGGGGAACUGGGGGAAGAGGAGGAGCAGGAGCAGGGCCAGGGGUGAGACAUGGGGGAGGAGGGGGGCCGGGAGGGGGAAGAGAGGGUGGGGACUCGGGUCGGCUGUCCCUGGAGCGCACGUCAUCACUGUCCUCCAACCACCAUGCCGCAGCUGCAGCUGAUUCCCACAGGGACGUCGACGGCUCCUCGGCCCAUCCUCUCUCCCCCCUGGCAGCAGCAGCAGCGGCAUCGCCCCCGGACAUGGUGACGUUGGUGCGGGCGGUGGCGCACGGGGGGGAGACGGAUCGCAUGGAGGCAGUGGCGGCCAUCAGGGCGCUCGUCAAGGGCAGCCGCGACAACAAGUCACGCCUCAUCGCCGCGGGGGGUGUGCCCGCGCUCGUGCGUGUGCUGCGCCAUGCGCACCCCGCCAUCAAGGAGCAUGCGGUUACCGCCAUUCUGAACCUCUCCCUCGUGCCCGGUGCACCCGCCAUCAUCGCGUCAGUGGGCGGCAUCGAUGCCGUGGCGGGUGUGUUGCAGUCAGGGUCGCAGGUGGCACGGGAGAACGCUGCAGCGGCGCUCUUUGCCCUCUCGGUGGACGAUGGCAACCAGUGCCUGGUGCGGCGGGCAGGGGCGGUGCUGCCGCUGGUGGACGUGCUGCGGUCGGGCAGCACGCGCGGGCGCAAGGACGCGGCUCUCGUGCUCUUCAACCUCUCGCGCGACCAGCGCAGCCGCGCUGAGAUCGUGGCGGCAGGGGCGGUGCCGGUGCUGGUGGGCAUGCUGGGGAGUGAGGAGGGCGGGCUGGAGGAGAAGGCCAUGGCAGUGCUGGCGAACCUGUGCCGCAUGCCCGAGGGCUGCGAUGAUGUGCUGGACCUGCCUGGUGCCAUCCCCACGCUCGUGCGCGUGGUGGCGCAGGGGUCACAGCGCGCCAAGGAGGACGCGGUGAUGACGCUGCUGAUGCUGGCGAACAGUGAGCCGGCGAGCUGCCAUGCGAUGCUGGCGGAGAGCAUGGUGCCGGCGCUGCAGCAGGUGGCGCAGACGGGGUCCCAGCGCUCCAAGGGCAAGGCCAGGGCGCUGCUGGACCUGCUCCGCAGCCAGGCGCAGCGAGGCCGAGGGGGGGCAGACAGGUGA